AUGGUGUUGUCUCCGUGCCCCCCAUGGAACAUCACAGUUCUUCAGGGCCAGAGUGGAUUCAAGGAAGAGAUCAAGUGUGACUUCAUAAAUAACAAUUUGGCUGAAUCUUGGAAUGCAUGGAUCCAAGCACACAAAGAUCUACCAUUAGACAUUCUAGCUGAUGCUAUCAGGCAUAAGACAAUGGUACUUUUUGAGAAGAGAAGGAAGAUAUCCAAGGCCCUAAAAGGAUUCAUACUACCAGCAAUAAUUCAUCAGCUAAAUGCAGCCUCAAAGGGACUGAACCAUCUGAAGGAAACUAAGGGUGGACCCAACCAAGCAGAGGUGAUAGUCAUGUACAAUGAUGAAGUUGUCAAGAGGCAUGUUGUCUACCUGGACCAACAUGAGUGUACAUGCAGAGAGUGGCAAGUGAGUGGCAAGCCCUGUCCCCAUGCACUGGCAGUCAUAACAACUGAAAGGCAGCCAAAUAUGGAGCAAUAUGUGGAUGUGGCCUACUCAGUGCACAAGUUCCAAGCAGCAUAUGCAGGAAUGAUUCCUGUCAUCACUGAUAAGAGCCAGUGGCCGGUAGUUGAGAAGGGAUUCAAGCUUCUUCCACCAAUUGGGAAGAAAAGAGGACUUGGGAGGCAAAGGAAGAAGAGGGUUAAGGGAUGCCUAGAGAGAAGUGGCAAAGCCACAAGGCAGGUUACUUGCAAGGGCUGUGGUGAAUUAGGCCAUAGAAGGACCAGUUGGAGGUGCCCACUAAGUGGCACCAAAAAAAGGAAGAGGACAAGAAAGACAAAGACCAAAAAGGGGCCAAAGAAGGGUGCUGACAGGGAGUAUGAACCUGCUCCAGCUAGUGAAACUGCAGCAGCACCACCUGAGCCUUCACCAGCUCCACCAGCAGAAGCAGCACCUGAGCCUUCACCAGCUCCACCAGCAGAAGCAGCACCAUCACCAAGGACUCCAAGAACAAGGGCAGCAGUAGCAAGGGAAAGAGAGGCAGAGGAAGCAGCAGCAGCAGCAAGGAGGUUGAACUUGGAAGCUCCACAACCACUUGAAAUGAUCAUUCCAGAGGCUGAAUCUCUGCCAAACCCUGCACCAGCCAAGAAGAUGACCCCUAGGAGGAAGCAGCUAGCCACAAAGACUGAACUUGCUAUGUUUGUGUCAUGUAUGCGGACUGAACUUGCUAUGGUUGUCAAGAGCAUAUCAGUGGUCUUGCAAAGAUGA